CCGCUGGAGCACGUUCUAGCCGCUGAUUCAGUCACCAAGUGAUCGUCCUUCGUUGUGUGGUCUGAAAAUCGCAGCUCGACCGCAGUGUUGUGUUUGAAAUCAAGGGCAGUGAAGUUAGUUCAGAAGUUCGAUCCUGAUCUUGUCGAACCUUUCAACAAGUUGGAACUGCUUCAUUAUGUGUGGGCCGAAUGUUCUCUUCGAUCUCCUUCAUUCCCGACUCCCUCGGUUGAAUUACGUUGGGAUAUCCUUGCGAGCGGGCACAAUAAUAAUCGGAAUGAUAUAUACAUUCUUCAGUCUCGCUGCCGUGCUUCUCUUCGGUAUAGGCAUUGAAUGGAAGCUAUGCGAUGAAAGAAGAGGAAUACCAGGAGUAAGACCAAUACAUGAUGAAUCAUCUAUUGUAUUGGCUCUCUCGUUCUUGGCGUCAGUGUUGAGUGUGAUUAUUCAUAUCAGGAUGCUAGUGGGAGUAUUUAUGAGUCGACCAAAAUACAUGCGACCCUGCCUCGACGCUCUGGUCUUUGGCCUGAUUGCGAGUCCGGCGAUCAUACUUUUCCCGUACCAUGCACUCGAUAAAAUUAUUUUCAUAUCGUUUGUUGUCUACACUGCAUUGGUAGUGAACAGCUACCAUAACAAGCUAGUGGAAUGGACGGAAGCGCUGCGUACGGAGGCAGAUCAGGCCGAGGAAUUGAGAAAGGAAAAUAUUGUUUAGAUUUCUUUUUUCAAAAUCAUAUCCUCGUUACUUUUUCAUUUUCAUUUUAGUUCAGAACAAUGGAGAAAUCAAAACAGCCUACCAAAUAAUUGACUAUUUUUUUUAUUUUUUCAUUUUUAAGGCAAUCGUGCUUUUUUUUACUCAAGAAAAAUUUGAAUGAGUUUAUUUUAAAAUUGACCCAUUGACGAAUAAAUAUAUGAUUAAUGAUUAUACUUUAAGCUAAAGAUAUAAUUUUUACUCACAACUCUAUAAGGAUGUCAAACAUUAAAUUUAAUGAAGCUACGUAAUAAAUUUCAAUUUUUUUAAAGAAACA